AUGUACCCCGGCCUCCCGCGUGCCUUCCCUAACCCGGAGUGGCAGAACGUGGAAGACAUCUUCCGCCAGCGCACGGCAUUUGGCUUUCUCGCGCCAAACGCGAGAGCCUCCGCCACUGCCGAUCCUGCCAUGGCCGCGGACGCGUGGGUGCAGCGGGAAAUCGGCUAUUACGAGGUCAACUACACGACGGUAGAGGACUUGAGCGUGUGCGUGACCUCCUUUAAUGUCGGAUGCAAGAAACCCGUGCUGCCGCUGACCAGUCUUGUCUGCCUCACCAGCAGCGGUGGUGGCACAGACGACGCACCAGCGCGGCCGACGGACUUGAUCGUCGUCGGCAUGCAGGAGGUGGACAUGAGUGCGACAGCGCUCUUCAAGCAAGAAACGGAGGCGGCCUCGCCGUGGGUAGCUGGGCUGAACGCGGCAAUCGGCGCCGACAGUAGCAACAGCACUGCAACAUCUUCGUCAGGUGGCGCAGGCGCCUCUCCGUACUACGCCUUUCCGCCAAAACAGCUCGUCGGUCUGCUUCUCUGCGUGUUCAUCCGUCGGCCGCUGCUGUCCGCCGUGUCGGAGUUCAGCAUGGCGACGGUGGCCACAGGGGCCCUGGGCUCUAUGGGAAACAAAGGCGCCGUCGGCUUUCACCUUGUGCUGCACCGCACGUCCAUCUGCGUCAUUACGGCCCACUUGGCGGCCGGGCACGACAAUGUGAGAAAACGCAACGAAGACAUCAACACCAUCUUCAGGAGCAUGGACUUCAACGCCGCCCGUCGCGCCGAGACGCAGAUGAGUGCCAGCCCCAACGCACCAAUCGAUGAGUCCGCCUUUCUCGAGCUCUACCCUCGCGACCACGACAUCAUCAUCGUGGCCGGAGACUUGAACUACCGCCUAAGACUCCCGUACGAGACUGCCGUGCAUCUAGCGAACUCUGGGCAGUUCAGCGAGCUGCUGGCGCACGACCAGCUGGCAGCCGAAAUGAAGAACCCGCACACGCCAUGGCUGAACUUCAUCAACUUCACACCAACGCACAUGCCCACGUACCGCUUCGACAUUGGCACCGAUGUCUACGACACAAGCGAGAAGCGCCGCAUCCCCAGUUACACGGACCGCAUAUGUGUGUGGUCGCGUCGCAAGUCGAUGGAGUCUCGCAUCCGACUAGACCGCAUCUCCGCCCUCAUGGAGGUGCGCAGUAGCGACCACAAACCUGUGCAGGCGCUCGCACGGAUCCCGGUGAGCGUGGAGGUGCCGGCGCAGAAGGCGCAGAUAGUAUCGUCGCUGCGGGAAAAGGUUGCCACCAUCGGCUUGGCGCAGGCAUCGAGUGCGAAGAUAUCCCUGAGCAUGUCGAAGGUGAACUUUCAGGCUCAGUGCUUCCACAACUGCGGGACGCAGGAGGUGGUCACUGUGCAGAACAACGGCAACUGUGUCGCUGUCGUUCGGGUGGUGCGGCAACGCGAGGGGGACUACUCGGAGGGCAGCUGGUUGCGCGUCACCCCGCAGGAGCUCGCCAUCCUUCCAGGGGAGUCACAGGAUGUUCAGAUCGAGACAGCCUUUCACCCGCGCUGCACGCUGUGGAUGGCCGCCUGGCGCCCGUACCAGGGCCGCGGCAGUAUUGAACUCAGCUCUGUAUUGCUGUUUUGCUGCCGCAACGGCCCAGUGCAGGCUGUCGAGUGCCAGUGUGUACUGAGCCCGAGCGUGUUCGGCAACGCAUUGGAGAAUAUCGCCCUUCUACAGGACACGCCGUGCGUGGAGGCAUACGCGCAGAAGGCGGACUUUGAAGAGGUGGUGCGCCAGGUGCGGCCACACGUGCCGAAGGAGCUGUGGUACCUCGUCUACGUCAUCGCGCAGCACCCACGCGAGCCGGGCCUCUUCACCCGCUCCACCAACAAGGAGGUGUGCCGUCACAUCAUGGAGCUGCUGGACACGAAGAACGCGGCGCUGCCAGUGGACACAGACGUGCAUUGCGCCGCAGAGUGUCUUUUGGCCUUUCUCAAGAACCUGCGCGAGCCAGUGGUGCCAUAUGCGCAGUAUGCCGCUGCCCUCGCCGCGGGCCGUGCCAAGGGUAAGGCCCCGCUGCAGUUCCUGCGUCAGCUGCCGACGAUGCACGCGAAUGUGUGGCUCUACGUCUUGUCGUUGCUGAACUAUCUUCUGAGGCCGGUGAACAGCUCCGACAACGAGCUUGACGCGCCCCUCCUGGCACACAUUUUCAGCGCCGUCUUGAUUGGCCGCCCCACCGAUGCGCAGGGGGCCAUUCCUGCUCGGCUGCAGCAGGGAGGCGGCGUUGACCAGCAGGUGCGGCAGCAACUGCAACAGGAGAGCGACGACGCCCUAGCUCUCGUAGAGUACUUUCUCAGCACCCCACCAAGUAUGUUGGCCGGAGUGGAGUAA